AUGGUGCCUAGGGCUUGUCCUCCGCCUCCACCCCCACCCGGUGGGGCUCCUCGCCCUCCGCCUCCACCAGGAAGUCUGCCCCCAAGAGGAGCCAGUGAUAAAGUUCACCGGGCUCCUGAGCUAGUUGAGUUCUACCAGUCAUUGAUGAAACGUGAGGCGAAGAAUACAAACGCCUUGAUCUCUACAUCAUCAAACACCUCAGAAGCAAGAAGCAACAUGAUUGGGGAGAUUGAGAACAGAUCAUCCUUCCUGCUAGCUGUUAAAGCUGAUGUGGAAACCCAAGGUGAAUUUGUUCAGUCAUUGGCUUCUGAAGUCAGAGCAGCUUCUUUUACAAACGUAGAUGAUUUGCUGGCAUUCGUGAACUGGCUAGACGAGGAGCUCUCCUUCUUGGUUGAUGAGCGCGCAGUCCUCAAGCACUUCGACUGGCCAGAGGGGAAAGCAGACGCGUUAAGAGAGGCAGCCUUCGAGUAUCAGGACCUCAAUAAACUGGAGAGGCUCGUUGCAACAUUCACAGAUGAUGAGAAUCUUCCUUGUGACGCUGCUCUGAAGAAGAUGUAUAAGUUGCUCGAAAAAGUGGAGAAUGGCGUCUAUGCCUUGCUACGAACACGAGACAUGGCCGUUUCACGAUACAAAGAAUUUGGCAUUCCAGUGGACUGGCUUCUUGAUUCCGGAGUAGUAGGCAAGAUCAAGCUGUCAUCUGUUCAACUAGCUCGGAAAUACAUGAAGCGCGUUGCAACAGAGCUCGAUGCAAUGAAUGAACCAGAGAAAGAGCCUAACAAGGAAUUCUUGCUCCUACAAGGAGUCCGGUUUGCUUUCAGAGUGCAUCAGUUUGCGGGAGGGUUCGAUGCAGAGAGCAUGAAGGCUUUUGAAGAGCUGAGAAGCCGCGCUAAUACUACCACAGCAGAGAAUAAACAAGAAGAAUAAAUCUACUUUUUUUUUAAAAAAAAAAAGCUCAUUGUACAUUAAUUUAACAUCUGUAAGAACACAAUUUUUUAGUUAGAUCAGUUAUAUAAAGAUUAUAGCCUGUUUCAUGCAUAUAUGAAGAAGAGGAAGAACAAUGAGGCAUGAUAUCAUGUGAAUUUUGCGUAUUUACGUAAGUAUGAUUUCUAGUCAA